AUGGCACCACUGGGCGAAAGGCCUUCUAGAUUAAGGUCACCGGCCAGGGCGGAAGAGUCCCAGGAUGGACUACAACGGCCACGUGUUCAGGACCAAGGCGAUCCACCUAAUUGGAGGCAUUCGGCUGUGGUCAGCAUGGAGAGGGAUUGGCGCCGCCAUGCAAGACUCUCUGAAAUGCGAUGGAAAAACAUAGGUGAAACAACAACAGAAGAUGGCCAUAAACUGUACUACAGUGGACUACCAGAUGUUCACGAACAAGGAGUAGGAUUUCUUGUACACAGGAACUACAACAACUGCGUUGUGAAUUGUUACCCUAUAUCCAGCCGACUCAUCUCCAUACGUUUAAAGGCAUCACCCUUCAAUAUCACCAUCAUUCAAGCCUACGCUCCUACAUCAACAUAUGACGAUGAGGCAGUAGAAGAGUUUUAUGAUCAAUUACAGGAAGUGGUCAAUAAGGUCCCGAAAAAGGACAUCCUUGUUGUACAAGGAGACUGGAAUGCCAAAGUAGGAAGUGACUCCUAUCAAACCUGGAAAGGCACUAGUGGAAAAUACAGUAACCUCUCAACCAAUGAACGAGGUCGAAGACUGUUAGAAUUUGCGAAAUACAACAAUCUCUUACUGGCUAACACACUAGGAUGCCACAAAAAAUCGCGUAUAACCACAUGGCACAGUCCGAACGGAGAGCACCACAACCAGAUCGACUAUAUCAUGGUGCAACAGCGUUUUAAGACAAGCAUCCAUACAGCUAAAACAAGAAGUUUUCCUGGAGCUGACAUUGGAAGCGACCAUGACCUUGUUAUGACGACCCUUAAAGUACACCUAAAAAAGGUAACAAAACAAGGACCUACCAGGAUAAAAUUUGACCUGGACAAGCUGAAAGACCCCCAAGUAGCUGCCAUAUUCGAGGCACAAGUAGGAGGACGCUUUGCAGCCCUCAACAUCUUGGACUCCAAUGACCAGGAUAUCGAUACGCAAGUCAAUAUGCUAAACACAGCAGUCACAGAUACAGCCCUGGAAAUAUUAGGGAAGCUCCGCCCGCCCAAUAAACCCUGGGUAACAGAGGAUAUACUCCAACUCUGUGACAAGCGACGGGAGCUUAAAGGGAAAAAGCUGUCCGACCCAAAAUAUGUCCAAGAAUACAAAAGCGUCAACAAACGGAUUAGAAAGGGAAUGAAAGAAGCGAAGAAAAAGUGGAUAGAGAAUAAGUGUCAAGAAAUUGAACAGGGACUUAAUAGAAACAACAGCAAAAAAGCGUACCAAUUAGUAAAGGACCUCACUACUUCAAAGCAUGGAAGAACCAACACAAUACAAGACAAAAACAACAAAUGCUUAACCGAGGACAAAGAUGUGUUGAAAAGAUGGACGGAAUACUGUUUAGAGUUGUAUAACUUUGAAAUAUCAGGAGAUCCAGAGAUACUAAAUGUCCCGACAGUUUCCAACAUUGACGACUAUCCGAUUCUUCGCUCGGAAGUAGCAGCAGCAUUGUAG